CAAGACCAAUGUCAAGGGCUCCUAUAUUGAUCAAGGACUUGGUGAAAGGAAACCAAGUUUGGAAGAUGCAAAUAAGGGUUGUUGAUUUGUGGGUCGUUAAGGAGAAAUCAGGGCAUAAACACCUCGAGUUGGUCAUUCAAGAUGUGAAGGGUGAUCAAAUUCACGUCACCACCCGGAGCCGAGAUUUCAAGGAUUGGCAUGAUCAGGUCAAAGAACAUGAAACAUAUACACUAUAUAAUGGAGAGCCGGUUGUUAAUGAUGGAGCCUUAAAAGUUUGUUCUAACCCACUCAAGAUUGUCUUCAAUGGAGGGACUGCCAUUACAAAUGUGCCGUUUCCCGACAUACCCCAUCACAAAUACAACUUUCAGCCUAUAGAGAACUUUCUCAAAGGGAGCUUCAAGGCUGAUUUGCUUUAUGAUGUCAUAGGUGUUUUACAUGAAGUGAUUAGGACACAGAGGGGAGGAGAUGGUAGGAAGUCUUGCGUCAAUAUCACUUUACGUGAUGUUGAAGGAAACGUUAUUGAGGUUGUCUUAUGGGAUGAUUACUGCAAGCAAUUCUCGAGUUACAAUGCCCCUGCCACACAGAAAAAAGAACCUACUAUCAUUCUCUUGACACAUGCUUGGUGCAAGCCAAACAAAGUUUCUGGUUUACCAUCUCUCUCUAAUGCAUGGAGUGGCUCUCGACUUCACAUAAACUUGGAACAUCCACAAGUGGAGGAAUUCAAAGCUAGAUUUGCGGCAAUUGAUUCAUCCAAUGCCCCUGCACUUUCCUUAACCUGUGAUUCAUCUGUUCAAUCCGCUAACAACAACUGGAAGAGCCUCGACGAGGUCAGAAGUAUCCGUGCAAUUGCUGAGUUAAAAAGGGAUUGUUUUGCAACCACUAUUGGAACUACAAAACAUUUCAAAGCUUCAAAGUUUGGCUGGUUUUUUGAGGCAUGCCCGGGAUGUAAAUCUUCUAACAAGUCCCUUGGCGAUAAGUUUGAAUGUUCAUGCGGACUUACCAAUGUGGAACCUGUGACUAAAUUCAAAAUUGAAGUUGAGGUUGUGUAUGAUAAUCACGGUGGUACUUUUGUUUUUUGGGACAAGGAUGUUAUUCCUUACACAAAAUUGAAUGCAAAGGAACUUAAACAAGUCAUGAAGGAGGCGGGAGAGGAUAACCCUAAGAUUUGGCCUGCACAUCUUGAUGUUCUAUUGAAUAAAGAUUUGGUCUUCCGUGUCAAGUACCAAUCUGAUUUCGACCAAUUCUCUAUUGUAGCCAUACUUAACGGUGACAAUUUAUACGAAAAGUUUGACAAGUACCUCACGCCUGAUGAGCUAAACUCAAUUGCCUCUGUCACAGAAAUUCCGGAGGAUGGUCAUACUGAGGACCCAAUAGAGGCUAAUGUAACACAAGCUUCUGAACCAACAGAAUCUGCUCCAAUGUCCAUUGCUGGCAACAAUUCUGGGAGUCCUACUGCCAGCUCCAGCACUACUCCAGCCAAGAGGUUUGCUCCAUCAACCUCUAUCAAUGAUGCCAUUUUGUCUGAGGAAAUUACACCCAAGCAAUCUGCCACUAAAGCCAAGCCUAUCAGGAAGACUAAGCUUAUUAAGAAGGAGUAAAGUGGUGUGCCAAAGUCAUAUGUCCUAGAUCAUUUUGAUGCAUAACUUUAUUUGACACCCUUUUUGUAAGGAGAUAAUCCAAAUUUUAAGUAUUUUGUUUGUUAAUUCGUGUCGUUAUGCAUGUUUUGAGCCACACUUUAAAUCCUAACCUCAUAGUUAGGUAUUUGUAAGGAUGAUAUUCAGUUGGUAACUUAAU